AUGCGAGCGCUGGCAUUGGGGUCGCUCCUCCUCACCUUGGUAUCUGCCAGCAAUCCACCCACCGUCAACAUCAAGAACGGGUCCUACUACGGCGUCUACCAGGAAACCUACAACCAAGACCUCUUCCUCGGCAUGCCCUACGCACAGCCCCCUAUCGGAGACCUCCGCUUCCGCGUCCCGCAGUCUCUCAAUACGACGUGGACGGAUGCCAAGAACGCGACCGCGUAUUCCCCCGAGUGCUACGGCUACGGCAGCGACCAGUGGGUGUUGGGCAACGUGAUCUCGGAAGACUGUUUGACGAUCAAUGUCGUUCGCCCCAGCAACGUCUCGGAGGGGGAUGAUCUACCUGUCGGUGUGUGGAUUCAUGGUGGGGGAUUCUACGAAGGUGGCUCGCGCGACCCUCGCUACAACUUGUCGUACAUUGUGAAGGAGGCUGCGGAAGCGGGCAUGCCGUUCAUCGGAGUUAGCUUCAACUAUCGUCUCCAGGCCUUCGGCUUCUUGUGGGGCACUGCGGUCAAAGAGGCUGGCGUGACGAACUUGGGCUUCCGGGACCAGCGCUUGGCGCUGCACUGGGUACAGGAGAACAUCGCCGCAUUCGGUGGUGACACAAGCAAAGUCACGAUCUGGGGCGAGAGCGCAGGAGGCCGAGGAGUCUCGUACCAACUCAUCGCCUAUGGCGGUCGUGACGAUGGGCUGUUCCGCGGUGCUGUGAUGCAGUCGGGAUCGCCUGUCAAGUACAUCCCUGGGGCGUACACGAACGCGUCCGAUUGGGACGUCUACUACAACAACAUCACCGCGGCAGCAAACUGCAGCGCUGCAGCUGGCACGCUAGACUGUCUUCGCCAAGUGCCCGUGGAGACGCUGUCAGCCAUUCUGAACAGCUCGGUGGCCUCCUCAGCGUCAUGGGGCCCGGCGGUUGACGGCGACUACAUCCAGGACACCGGCCCCGCCCUGCUGAGCGAAGGAAAGUUCGUCCGCGUGCCGAUACUUCUCGGCACCAACAACGACGAAGGAACGGCGUUCGGCAAGACGGGCAUCGACACGACCGACGAGUUCGUCGAGUAUCUGGUGAAGACGAAAGGCUACGGCCAGGACGAAGCGAACCUCCUGCUCGAAAUGUACCCGGACAUCCCCGAGAUCGGCAUUCCCGGCACUCUCCACGGCCGUCCUGCGGUGAGCUCUACCUACGGCGCCAUGUACAAGCGGGUGUCGGCCUACGCCGGAGACAGCACCAUGCACGCCCCACGCCGCUUUAUGUCGCAGGUGUGGGCGCGCAACAACAUCACCAGCUACAGCUACCUCUUCAACGUGCUGCCCGCUGGCAUCUCGCAGUAUCUCGGCUCGACGCACUUCCAGGAGGUCGCGUUCGUCUUCUACAACUUGCUCGGAGACGGCUACAACAACUCGGUGGCCACGGACCCGUUCCUGGGCAAGCCCGACAGCUUCAAGCAGCUCGCCAAAGUGAUGACCCGCAUGUGGGCCAGCUUCAUCGUGGACCUGACGCCCAACAACAACGGCGUGACCGACGUCCAAUGGCCACAGUACUCGCUGGACGACCCGCAGAACAUCGUGUUCGACGCCAACGUGACGGACCUCGCCUACAUUGAGACGGACGUGUUCCGCGCCGAAGCGAUUGCGCACAUGAUCAACAGCGCGUAG